AUGACUGUAAAGAAAGUCAGAUUGAAGGCAGAGACAGUGUCAAUGAGCUGUGAGAGUAUCACUCUCAUUGUCACAUCUCCUUCUCCUCCUGCAUCUCUUGCAGCUGCAGUGGUAGUAGCCGUGCUGUGCAGUGAGGUGUCGUCCCUUCUGCUGGCUGUGAAGAAUGAGUUUGAUGAGAGUGUGAUUGUUAAUGAGUAG